AGAAUAAAACACGAGGAACCAGAAACCAGGAGAAUAAAACACGAGGAACAAGGAGAGUUUAUUGAAGAAAGUGAGGAGAACCAAGAAUUGAGUGAAGAUGAGGAGAAACAUCAUGUCAAAACUGGAGAAAAACCUUUGAGUUGCUCUCAAACCAAACAGAAAGAUUUAAAGAAAAUAAGAGCCAAGAAAUCUUUCAUCUGCACUCUGUGUGGAAAGAGUUUGAGAAGAAAAAAUAGUUUUGAUGUUCACAUGAGAAUUCACACUGGAGAGAAACCUUAUAAGUGUUCACACUGUGACAAGAGAUUCAGGGAUCCAUCAAGACUGAAAACACACGAGAGGAUCCACACUGGAGAGAAUCCGUACACUUGUGAUCAAUGCGGGAAGAGUUUUGCACGAAAAGUAAUCUUUAUGACACAUAUGAAAAUUCAUACAGGAGAGAAACUGUACACAUGUAAUCAAUGUGGAAAGAGUUUGAAAUUUAAAUAUAGUCUUAAGCGUCACAUGAGAGUUCAUACUGGUGAGAAACUGUACACUUGUGAUCAAUGCGGGAAGAGUUUUGCAUGGAAAGGAAUCCUUAUAAGACAUAUGAGAAUUCAUACAGGAGAGAAACUGUACACAUGUAAUCAAUGUGGGAAGAGUUUGAUUAGCAAAUGUAGUCUUGAGAUUCACAUGAGAGUUCAUACUGAUGAGAAACUGUACACUUGUGAUCAGUGCGGGAAUAGUUUCUCACACUCAGCAAACCUUAAGAGACACAUGAACACCCACACUGGAGAGAAGCAGCACUCAUGUGAUCAAUGCGGUAAAAGAUUUUUAAGAGCUUCAGACCUGAAGCAGCACUUGAAAGUUCAUACAAAGGAGAAACCACAUUCAUGUAGUUUGUGUGGAAAGAGUUUUUCACGUUUUUCAAUUUUGAAUGAACAUCAGAAAACACAUACUGGUGUGAAAGAGUACAUGUGCUGCGAGUGUGAAAAGACUUUUAUUUCAGCAAAGUGUUUAAAUCAGCACCAGAUGAUUCACACUGGAGAAAAACCUUAUAAGUGUUCACACUGUGACAAGAGAUUCAACCAUGCAUCAAAUCUGAGAAGACAUGAGAGGAUCCACACCGGAGAGAAACCGUAUCACUGCACUGAAUGUGGGAAGUGUUUCAAUCGUUCAUCUGGUCUACACAAACAUACAAAAAACAAUCAUACAAAUUGUUUAAAACAGCAUGAGAGGAUCCACACUGGAGAGAAACCUUACAAGUGUUCACACUGUGACAAGAGCUUCAGUGUGUUAGGAAAUCUGAAAAGACAUGAGAGGAUCCACACCGGAGAGAAACCGUAUCACUGCACUGAAUGUGGGAAGUGUUUCAAUCGUUCAUCUGCUCUACACAUUCAUACAAAAAACAAUCAUAAGUUGAUUGAAGAAAACGAGGAGUAUAAAGAAUCAAGUGAAGUUGAGGAGAAACAUCAUGUCAAAACUAGAGAAAAACUUUUCUUUUUUUGAGAGUUCCUCUCAAACCAAACAGAAAUAUUUAAAGAAAAGAAGAGCCAAGAAAUAUGUGAUCUGCAUUAAGUGUGGAAAGAGAUUGAAAAGCAAUACAAGUCUUGAGGAUCACAUGAGAGUUUAUACUGGAGAGAAAUCAUUCACAUGUGAUCAAUGUCGGAAGAGUUUCACACAAUCAGCAAAUCUAAAGGAACACAUGAAGAUACACACUGGAAAAAGCAUCUUGGUCCCAGAGUUGAUAAAUCUAAAACUGACACUUUAUCUUUUUCAUGUGUACAGCCAGUCUGUAUAUUUUGUCAAACGAUGUUAUCAUCAUCGCAUGUCUUUACCCACGGUGUUGUUGAGCCCUAAUUAGAUUUUCAUUUAAUUCAUGUUCAUUUGUCUUAUAAUGCAUAUCACUUUUAGUUUGCUUAUGUUUUCAUGAAGGAAAGUAGCUUUUUACAAACUGUUCAGGAAGCUGAAGAGGAGACUAACAUUUUAAGAGAUACCAAGAUAUAUUUUUAAUUGGUUCUUCUUUGUUAUUUUUAUAAUGAGUCAUGCUUCUAUGAUAUAUUUAGUAAACACAGAUGCAAGAUAUACUGUCAUGUAGAUUUUUAAUUGAUCUUUAAUUGCUUCUCUUUCAGUAGGAAUUAAUGUCUGAACUCAGUAAUACGCCCUGGGGCUAAAUUAUGAAAGACCGUCAUAUCA